UUAUCUCUCUCUUUCUCUCUCUGUCAGCUUAGUUUUCUAUACAAAUAGCAAAGAAAUCCAAUAUCAAAAUCUGCCCUUUUUGUUUUCUUGAACAUUAAUGAGAACUGGGGCAGAUGGGUUUCUUGCAAAUUGAUCGAAAACUCAAUCUUUUUAUUCUUUAUUGAUUCUUCCAGCAAACGAACCGGUAAAAAAGAAACAAAAAAGCAAGAGCUUUUUUUUUUGUUUUUUGAAGUUUGAUCGUUAAUAUGCGAAAGAGGAGUGAAGUACUAUUUUCAAAGUAUUCAAAGGGUUUAAAAAGCUUAGUUAGAAGAAAACAAGUUGAUUCAGUUCAUGUAAGGAGAGAAGGUCACCAGUUAGCCAGGCAACUAUCUGCUCUUGACCUUACUGCCAUUGGAGUAGGGACAACCAUUGGAGCUGGAGUGUAUGUUCUAGUUGGAACAGUUGCUAGAGAGCACACAGGACCUGCUCUUACUGUUUCAUUUCUAAUUGCUGGAUUAGCAGCUGCUCUCUCAGCAUUUUGUUAUGCAGAGCUUGCUAGUCGAUGUCCAUCCGCUGGGAGUGCCUACCAUUAUACAUACAUCUGCAUCGGGGAAAGUGUUGCUUGGUUGAUUGGUUGGUCUUUGAUUCUGGAAUACACAAUUGGUGGUUCUGCUAUUGCUCGCGGCAUAUCUCCAAAUCUAGCCUUAUUUUUUGGGGGUGAGGAUAAGCUGCCUGCUUUUUUGGUCCGUCACACUAUUCCUCAGCUUGGUGUUGUGGUGGAUCCAUGUGCAGCAGUAUUAGUUGUUAUUGUCACCAUUCUGCUGUGUGCUGGAAUCAAGGAGAGUUCACUGGUACAAACAAUUGUUACAACAGUGAAUGUUUGUGCCAUGCUUUUCAUCAUAAUAGCUGGUGGAUAUUUGGCUUGCAAGACUGGAUGGGCUGGCUAUGAACUUCACAGCGGGUUUUUCCCCUUUGGCGUAAAUGGGAUGCUUGCAGGGUCUGCUGUUGUGUUCUUUUCUUAUAUUGGUUUUGAUGCAGUUACUGCUGCAGCUGAAGAGGCAAAAAGACCUUUGCGAGAUUUGCCCUUGGGCAUAGGGAUGACUUUGUCUCUAUGUUGCAUUUUGUACAUGCUUGUAUCAGUUGUUAUUGUUGGCUUAGUUCCAUACUUUUCAUUGAAUCCAGACACCCCUAUCUCCUCAGCAUUUUCUGCCAAUGGAAUGCAGUGGGCUGCAUACAUAGUCACAGCUGGGGCAGUUACUGCUCUCUGUGCAAGUUUGAUGGGUUCUCUUUUUCCUCAGCCACGACUCUUGAUGGCAAUGGCUAGGGAUGGAUUAUUACCCUCAUUCUUUUCAGACAUCAGUACACACACCCAAGUUCCUGUAAAGAGCACAGUGACAGCUGGUACCCUUGCUGCAGCAUUGGCUUUUUUUAUGGAUGUGUCACAAUUGUCAGGGAUGGUUAGUGUAGGUACUCUGCUUGCAUUCACUGUUGUUGCUAUUUCAAUCUUAAUACUCAGAUAUGCUCCUCCAGAUGAGGUGCCACUUCCACCAUCACUUCAACAGUCUAUUGAUUCAGUGAGAAUGCAGCUCGAUGAUGAUAGUCAGGGGACAGGAAGAAAAAAUUUUAACGGUGUUGUUGACAUUGUUGAGCAAAGUUCUCAUCAGUUGGAGGAUGGGGAAGCAGAAAUUCAAUGUCCUCUUAUUCAAAAGCAAAUCACUGAAGAUAAACAAAAUCAACAGAGGAGGAGGAAAAUUGCAAUGUGGAGUAUAGCCCUUUUCUGCAUAGGUGUUCUUGUUCUCACAUCUGCGGCUGCUGCUGAAUACCUUCCCAGCCUUCUUCGUUUCACCUUGGGGGCAGUAGGUGCAGCUAUUCUGUUGUGCAGUUUGAUUGUUCUGGUAUGUUUAAACCAGGAUGAAGCAAGGCACAGCUUUGGGCACACAGGAGGUUUCCUUUGCCCAUUUGUUCCCCUCUUACCCGCUGCUUGCAUUUUGAUUAACACAUACUUACUGAUUAGUCUUGGAGUUGACACAUGGAUCCGCGUUUCAAUCUGGCUGAUUAUAGGGUCAUUGAUAUAUAUAUUUUACGGAUGGAACCACAGCUCACUCACAGAAGCAGUUUAUGUUCCUUCGGCAUAUGUUGAUGAAAUUUACCGCGCAUCAUCAAGUCUUCAGGUGUAAACUUGCAACUCAUUAGUUUGUCUUUAAGCAUCACUUCUUUUUUACAACAAGAUGCUUCUUUAAUGUAUUACUGUAUCAUUAUUAAUCUUUAUGGUGUUGCAUAGUGAUGAAAUUGAAACCAGUCUUCUGAUUGUAUAGCAAUAUUGUCACGAUGGCAUAGGCCCCUUCUGAAUUGUCCCUGCUGAAAGCUGUAUAUAGCCUUUAACCUCAACUUAUUUUUCUAUAUAUUACUCCUUUUGUAUUAGGCUGAUUCAAGAUUGUUUAUCCCUGGUGGGGAAAAAUGCUGAAUGUAAACAUAGAAAAAUAAGUUGGGAGAGGAUUCUCAAUGGUGAAUCUCCCCUUGAUGAGUUCAAGUGCCAUUGAGUUUUGACUAAACUACUUGUGAAUCCAAUUCUUAGCUUAUUUUCAA